AGAUCCCAAAUUUUAUCAUAUUUCCCCUUUCUCAACUUCUGAUCUUUUAAUUUAUCCGAUCCAAAAAUUAUCCGAAUUCAGUUUGAUCGUUCGAUAAUAAAGGUUCAAACAGUAUGACAUCAGAGCAAUUGACGUCUGGCGGUGAUUUCCGGUACUACCCGCUGCAAUCGGAGCAUCUUCCGUCGAUGACGUCUUCGUACUUCUCGUUAGCUCCAGGUGCCGCCCUUGAGUCAACUUGGAUUUUCGACGAGUUACCUAAAGCCACCAUCGUCUCUGUCUCCAGACCUGACGCCGGCGAUAUCAGUCCCAUGCUCUUAUCUUACACUAUCGAAUUCCAAUACAAACAAUUUAAGUGGCAGUUAUUGAAGAAAGCUUCAGACGUUUUCUACUUACACUUUGCUUUGAAGAAACGGUUGUUUAUUGAAGAAAUUCACGAGAAGCAGGAACAGGUUAAAGAAUGGCUUCAAAAUCUAGGAAUAGGAGACCAUUCGCCAGUUGUUCACGAUGAUGAUGAACCGGAUGAUGAUGCUGUUCCUUUACAUCAUGAUGAAAGUGCUAAAAAAAGAGAUGUUCCAUCGAGUGCUGCCUUUCCGGUUAUUAGACCAGCCUUGGGAAGGCAGGUGUCAAUGUCGGACAGAGCAAAGGUUGCAAUGCAAGAAUAUUUGAACCACUUUCUUGGAAAUUUGGAUAUUGUCAACUCUCGAGAGGUUUGCAAGUUUUUGGAGGUCUCAAAAUUGUCGUUUUCACCAGAGUAUGGCCCUAAGCUGAAGGAAGCGUAUGUAUUGGUGAAGCAUCUACCAAAAAUUGCCCAGAAUGACGAUUCUGAUAGAUGCUGUGGAUGUCAGUGGUUCAAUUUCUGUAAUGACAACUGGCAGAAGGUGUGGGCUGUACUGAAACCUGGAUUCUUGGCCUUGCUGGUAGAUCCUUUUGAUACCAAACCUUUAGAUAUUAUUGUUUUUGAUGUAUUACCAGCCUCAGAUGGCAAUGGUGAGGGCCGGGUAUCGUUAGCGGAAGAAGUAAAGGAACAUAAUCCAUUACGCCAUUCUUUUAAGGUUACAUGUGGGGUCCGGAGUAUAAGGUUAAGAACGAAAAGUAGUGCUAAAGUUAAAGAUUGGAUUGCUGCAAUUAAUGAUGCUGGGCUUAAGCCCCCUGAGGGCUGGUGUCAUCCUCAUCGCUUUGGAUCUUUUGCUCCACCAAGAGGUUUGACAGAAGAUGGUAGUCAGGCGCAAUGGUUUAUUGAUGGUAUGGCUGCUUUUGAUGCUAUAGCUUCAUCAAUUGAGGAUGCUAAAUCAGAGAUAUUUAUUUGUGGCUGGUGGCUUUGCCCAGAAUUAUAUCUACGCCGACCUUUUCACGAGCAGGCAUCCUCCAGGCUUGAUGCUUUACUGGAAGCCAAAGCUAAGCAAGGGGUCCAGAUAUACAUCCUUCUCUACAAAGAACUUGCCCUUGCUUUGAAGAUCAACAGUGUCUAUAGCAAGAGAAAGCUUCAAAGCAUUCAUGAGAAUGUGAGGGUAUUGCGUUAUCCAGAUCAUUUCUCUGCUGGUGUUUAUCUAUGGUCCCACCAUGAAAAACUUGUAAUUGUUGAUUACCACAUUUGUUUUAUUGGUGGACUUGAUUUAUGCUUUGGUCGCUAUGACACGUUUGAACACAAGGUGGCUGAUAAUCCUCCCUUAGUAUGGCCUGGAAAAGACUACUAUAACCCACGGGAAUCUGAACCUAAUUCAUGGGAAGAUAUAAUGAAAGAUGAGCUGGAUCGAGGAAAAUAUCCUCGAAUGCCUUGGCAUGAUGUCCAUUGUGCACUCUGGGGACCACCUUGUCGUGAUGUAGCACGCCAUUUUGUUCAGCGCUGGAACUAUGCCAAGAGGAAUAAAGCUCUAUAUGAGGAAGCAAUUCCACUACUCAUGCCUCAGCAUCAUAUGGUGAUUCCACAUUAUAUGGGAAGAAGCAAAGAGAUUGAAAUUGAGAGCAAGAACGAUUUGGAAAACACUAACGGCAUCCAAAGACGGGAUUCAUUUUGUUCUGGAUCAGCUGUUGAAGAUAUUCCUCUACUUUUGCCUCAAGAGGCUGAGUUGGAUAGUUGCAGUGGGUAUCCGAAAUCAAAAGCGUUGGACUCCACUGGCAGUAAAAGUGUUUCUUUUGCAUUUCGGAAGUCCAAAAUAGAACCAGCAGUUGCAGACACGCCCAUGAAAGGCUUUGUUGAUGACCUUGAUUCCUUGGAUCUUGUGGAAAGAUCUUCGGAUGCAAAAAGGCUGCCUGGAAGCAAAGCUGCAGACCCAGAGUGGUGGGAAACACAGGAACGAGGUGAUCAAGUCGGUUUUGUAAAUGAAGCCGAACAGGUCGGUCCCCGAACUUCAUGUCGUUGUCAGAUUAUAAGAAGUGUCAGUCAGUGGUCUGCUGGAACCAGCCAAAUAGAAGAGAGCAUUCACUGUGCUUAUUGUUCCCUCAUUGAGAAAGCGGAACACUUUGUUUACAUAGAGAACCAAUUUUUUAUAUCAGGCCUCUCUGGGGAUGAAAUUAUUCGGAAUCGUGUCUUGGAAGCAUUAUACCGGCGUAUUAAGCGGGCUUACAAUGAUAAGAAGUGUUUCAGGGUUAUUAUCGUCAUACCACUCCUUCCUGGUUUCCAGGGUGGGCUUGAUGACGCUGGUGCUGCAUCUGUGAGAGCCAUAAUGCAUUGGCAGUACCGAACCAUUUGCAGAGGCCAGAAUUCAAUACUGCAUAAGCUUUAUGAAGUUCUUGGUCCUAAAACUCACGAUUACAUAUCUUUCUACGGCCUUAGAUCGUAUGGUCAACUUGCUGGUCAUGGUCCCGUGGCUACAAGUCCAGUAUAUGUGCAUAGUAAAAUCAUGUUAAUUGAUGACUCUGCAGCCUUAAUUGGAUCUGCUAAUAUCAAUGACAGAAGUUUACUCGGGUCGAGAGAUUCAGAGAUUGGCGUGAUUAUCGAAGACAAAGAAUUUGUUGAUUCACGCAUGGGAGGAAAUCCAUGGAAGGCUGGAAAAUUCACGUUGAGUCUGCGCCUCUCAUUAUGGUCUGAACAUCUCGGUCUUCGUAAAGGAGAGAUGAAUCAAAUAAUCGAUCCCAUUAGUGAUUCAAGUUAUAAAGACGUAUGGGUUGCUACUGCGAAGAUGAAUACAACAAUCUACCAGGACGUCUUUUCUUGUGUCCCAAGUGAUCUCGUACAUACCCGGUACGACUACAUCUGUCUAUCCUCCUUUUCUCUUUGGUUGUUAUAUUACCGACACUUGACUCGAUGGGCUCUAAUCUGCAGGCUUGCGCUCCGACAAGACGUCACCUUUUGGAAGGAAAGACUUGGUCACACUACAAUCGAUUUAGGAAUAGCCCCUAAGAAAUUGGAAUCCUUCCACAACGGAGAUAUCAAACAAACGGGUCCGAUGGAUAAGUUGAAGUCGGUACGUGGACAUCUUGUUUCUUUCCCCUUGGAUUUCAUGUGCAAGGAAGAUUUAAGACCCGUGUUUAACGAGAGUGAAUAUUAUGCAUCUCCCCAAGUUUUUCAUUAAGUCGGGAGCACUCGAAACACCAUUUUUUUUGCAUCCAUUGCAUAGGA